UUUUUUUUUUUUUAAUUAUAUUUUCUUCUUCUUUUUUUCCCCUGUAGACUAUAGACCUUCGGGAAAAGAGGGUGUCGUCAACAACCCAUGAUAAUGCAUCCAAAGAUUCACUUCAUGUGCAAUGAAUAUUUGGGUGAGUGUUGAGGCCCAUGAACAUUAUCGAAAGAUUCCUUUCCGGAUAUUUCGGUUUUAUCGUACAAAGUCCAUAGUUUAUUUACACUCACGUGACGUUACUUUCACUUUCAUGAUGAACGGCUCAAGUCUAAUAGAAAUUAUCUUAUUUAUCUGUUUUGUUUCGUCAACAAACUGUCAAAAGUACAAACCAACAUGGGAAAGUAUUGACUCUCGACCCAUUCCAGCCUGGUACGACGAUGCGAAAAUUGGCAUGUUCAUUAACUGGGGUGUCUACUCCGUGCCUUCAAUUCACAGCGAAUGGUUUUGGUUCUAUUGGAAAGGACAGCCUGCUACCGAUGUAGUGAACUUUAUGAAGAAAUUUUACCCACCAAACUUCACAUAUGCAGAUUUUGCCAAGCAGUUUCGUGCCGAGUUUUAUGACCCCAAUAAAUGGAAAGACAUAAUCCUUGCCUCGGGUGUCAAAUAUGUGGUGUUGACAUCCAAACAUUGUGAUGGGUUUAGCAUGUACCCAACCAAUGUGACAUAUCAGUGGAAUUCGCGAGAUGUUGGUCCGAAAAGAGACUUAGUGGGUCCCUUGAAAGAAGCAUUGAAGGGAACAGACGUUAGGUUUGGUAUCUAUCAUGACAUGAUCGAGUGGUUCAACCCUCUUUGGCUGGAAGACCAAAAAAAUAACUACACAACUAAUAGAUUUGUUAAAGACUACAUGCUGCCGCUGAUGUAUGAGGUUGUUAAUGCUUAUAAGCCAGACGUUUUUUGGAGUGACGGAGCUUGGUUGGCUCCCUCAUGGAAGGCACCAGAUUGGUACUGGAAUGCCACCAUAUUCCUGGCCUGGCUAUAUAAUGAGAGUCCUGUGAAAGAUGACAUUGUUACAAAUGACAGAUGGGGAUAUGGCUGUGACUGCAAACACGGAGGAGCCUGGACCUGCUCCGACCGGUAUCAUCCGGGACACAUAUUGCCACAUAAGUGGGUCAAUGCCAUGACGUUAGACAGACUGUCUUGGGGUUAUAGACGGAAUGCUGACCUCAGUCAAUACUACACUAUUGAGGAACUCCUGGAGGAAGUGAUCUACACCAUCAGCCUUGGUGGAAACAUACUUAUCAAUGCGGCACCAACAGCCUGGGGAACAUUUGACCCAAUUUAUGAGGAGAGGUUCCGUCAGCUGGGCUCAUGGUUGAAAGUCAACGGCGAAGCUAUCUAUAAAACCAAGCCCUGGGUUUAUCAGAAGGACACAUUGACAACCAGAAUAUGGUACACAGCAUCUAAAGCAGAAAGCAAUGUCAUUUACUGUCUGGUGCUGGAUUGGCCACUCACGAAUGAAAUCAUUCUGGGGGCAUUGAAGGAUAAACAAGUAUCCAUGGUAACAUUGCUUGGGUCAGACGUGACUAUGACCUUUUCCCAGGAGGCUCAGGGUCUGAGGGUGUUAUUUCCUGUCCUUAAUGUCCACAAACUCCCAUGCCUCUGGGCUUGGGCUUUAAAAAUUACACUUCAAAAGUAGAUAUGGUAAAUACGGCAUAUAAUAUUUAGUGUUGUAUUCAUUCCCUCCAGAGUGUCGUAAUAAAUAAAGUACCGUGCAGGUGGUAUUUUUAGCGAGACACAAAUUUGGCAAUUUUCCCACAAAAAUGUAAAGUUAAUAUGACAUAUAUUAUGUAAAGUCUCAAUUAAUCAGUAUUGGCACUUUUUGGGAAUUUGUUUUAAGAAGCCUUUGGGGCUAGUUAUACUUAAUACUCAGGUGACCGAAACAAUCUUUGGUCCUCUUGUUCCAAUUUUGUGAUUUGAAAAUGCGUUAAAUGAGAAUAUCAAUGCAUGAACAUGCAGAAUAUUCAUUCACUAUAGCAAUAUUAUUUUGAAAAUUACUGUGAAAUCCAGGUUGUAUUUUUCAACUGUAUGCAUCUGUAUAAUUUUGGUUCAACACUGAACCCUAAAUCAUCGUAAUGUAAGCAGACUGUAAUUUUGCUUUUUUAUAUUACCAGUACGUGUAUAGAAACAUCUUUGAUAUCUUAUGUUAUGAGAUUACGUUAUUUAUCACAUCUCGAGAUUAUUGUAAAAAAUAUAAAUUUAACUUAAUAAAUAUUGUAAUGUAGAA